CGGAGUCGUAGCUCCGCUCCUUGAGGGAUGCGGAGAAUAAAUGUGGACCCAAACGGAGCUGGAAUUACCCGAAAGAAAUGUCCUCAGGAGCAUCCCUUUAACCUUCAGCAAAAAAGGGCUUUUCCUUGAUUUCCUCAAUACAAGAAAUAGGAUUCGGCCUGAAACGAGAUGAUUUUUUAUUUUUUUCCCUUUUCACCCACUUCGCUAAAGUAAAUUUCCAUGGUGCGUAACCCUCGAGCCCUGGUUCUGGAGCGGUUCUUUCCCCCCAGGAUGGGCCUGAUGAGCCCCGCGGGAUCCGCGCUUCGGCGCUCACCCGAGCGGAGGGUUGUUGGGCGGUGGACUCUGGCCUCGCGACCGGACCGUUUUGGGAGUUCGUCAGCCUCGUGGCAGCUUUGAUGUGUGUUAUUAUGCCUGACCACACCGACACCAGCCUCCCACCGGAGGAGCGAGUCCGAAGGCUGAUCCAGGUGGGAAGCAACGUGGAAGUGAACGAGGAUGUCCCGCCACGACGCUACUACCGCUCCGGAGUGGAAAUCCUCCGCAUGGCGACCGUUUACUCAGAGGAAGGCAAUAUCGAGAACGCCUUUAUUUUGUACAACAAAUAUAUCACGCUCUUCAUCGAGAAGCUGCCACAGCACCGAGAUUACAAAACUGCUGUCAUACCUGAAAAGAGGGAGACAAUGAAAAAACUGAAAGAAGUAGCCUUCCCCAGAGCUGAAGAGCUCAAGGAGGAGCUAUUAAAGAGGUACGCCAAGGACUAUGCUAAGUACAAGGAGCAGAAGAAGGAGAAGGAAGAGGAAUUUGCACGCAAUUUGGCUUUGCAGCAGCAGCUGGAAGAGGAGAGAAAUCGGGUAGCCCUGAUGAAGCAGCAGCAGGCAGAGCAAGAACAGUUUCAUGCCUUCGAGGAGAUGAUUCGACGACAGGAACUGGAGAAGGAACGUCUGAGGAUAGUGCAGCAAUUUGGAAAGCCAGAGCCAAGUCCCGAGUCUCUGGAUGGACCCCUCAUCCCUGGCGUGGAAAAGCCCCCGACUGAUUUAAUCCCAAAGGUUCCCGUCUCUCCAGUUCACCCUGCAAGUCCAUCAGCGGGGACUGUCUCAUCCAAACCUCCUGUUGUGGACAGAUCUUUGAAACCUAGUGCUUUGGGGAGCACGGAAAACAAUGCAAGUAUGGAUGUCCUUCGCCAGGUCAUCGUCCCUAGGGAGCUUUGCCAGAAAUUCCUCCAGCUGGCUGAUGCCAACACAGUCCGGGGUGUGGAGACGUGUGGGAUCCUCUGCGGUAAGCUGAUGAGGAAUGAGUUCACGAUAACCCACGUCAUUGUUCCCAAGCAAUACGGAGGCCCAGAUUAUUGCAACACGGAGAAUGAGGAGGAGCUCUUCGUGAUCCAGGAUCAGCAUGGCCUUGUUACACUAGGCUGGAUCCAUACUCACCCCACGCAGACAGCCUUCCUCUCCAGUGUUGACCUGCACACGCACUGCUCCUACCAGAUGAUGUUGCCAGAGUCCAUUGCUAUUGUGUGUUCUCCAAAAUACCAGGAGACGGGGUUUUUCAAGCUGACGGAGCAUGGCCUGGAGGAGAUCUCUUCCUGCCGGCAGAAAGGAUUCCACCCGCACUCCAAAGAACCCCCUCUCUUCACUACCUGCAAUCACGUGUCAGUCGUCGAGAGAGACGUGGUCCUGAUGGAUCUCCGAUAGGCCUCUUGCCUUAACAGUUUACAGAAAACCAUCUACCUUCCUCCUAGGCCUAAGGAAUUUUUUUCUUCCUUGUGUAGCAGAUGAUUUCUACCGUGUAGUGAUCCUCUCCCUUCCUCCCCCAAUAAUCGCGGUGAAAUCGGUACCCUGCCCUCGGUGGGAGCACGUGAAACCUCAGUGCCUGGUGUUGGGCUAGCAAAGUGGUGCUGAGGUUCAAGGUGUGGGGAAAAGCUAACUGGAAAUUCAAAGACAGAAGCUAACACUGAAGCAAUUGUUUAAUACUCUAAUCUAUGGCUUGAACAGCUUCUUGAGAGGGGGGCUCCCUGUGAUUUGCUGCAACCAUGAGGUGUGUUAACCUCUUCAAGUGCUUUCCAAAGAGGGACUUGCCCAAAUUAA